AUGUGCGCGGAUACGCCAAGAAUAACAGCCCUCAUGUUCAAAUCAGGCUAUGUUGAUGUGCCAGCCAUGGCACGUCGACCCGUUAUAUGCUCAACAGGUGACGCGGCAGAUGGAGGAGGUGGAGGCCCAAGCAUAGGCGCGAAGAAAAAAGGAGAAUCAUGCAAUAGAGCGGCUACCUACAACAAGAAGAAGAAAAUUUGCGAAUGUGACGAUCCAACAAGUGACGGACGAAUUCAAAACCCAAAAGCAUACGGUCACUAUCCGCCUGUAUGUUUCAAUGUGCACGUAGAAGCUAUUUCUUUACGAUAG